AUGCGUGAGAUUGUGCAUCUUCAAACCGGCCAAUGCGGCAAUCAAAUCGGCACGGCUUUUUGGCAGACAAUUUCUGGCGAGCAUGGGCUUGACAGCAAUGGCGUCUACCAUGGCACAUCUGAUCUCCAGCUUGAGCGCAUGAGCGUUUACUUCAACGAGGCUGCUAGCAACAAGUACGUGCCGCGCGCGGUGCUUGUGGACCUGGAACCCGGCACCAUGGACGCGGUGCGUUCUGGCCCUUUUGGCCAAAUGUUUCGUCCGGACAACUUUGUCCACGGCCAGUCAGGUGCUGGCAAUAACUGGGCCAAAGGUCAUUACACCGAAGGUGCUGAACUCGUCGACCAAGUCCUUGAUGUGGUCCGUCGCGAAGCGGAAGGUUGCGAUUCUCUUCAAGGGUUCCAGAUUACCCAGUCAAUCGGCGGAGGCACCGGCUCGGGAAUGGGAACGCUCCUGAUUUCUAAGAUCCGUGAAGAAUUUCCGGAUCGUAUGAUGGCAACGUACAGCGUCUUUCCCUCCCCGAAAGUAUCGGACACGGUGGUUGAGCCAUACAACGCGACACUGUCGAUACAUCAAUUGGUUGAGAAUUCCGACGUAACAUUUUGUAUCGACAACGAGGCUUUGUACGAUAUCUGUCAACGUACCCUCAAGCUGAGCAACCCUUCAUAUGGUGACCUUAACCAUUUGGUAUCUGCUGUCAUGUCUGGCGUGUCCACCUCGCUUCGUUUUCCAGGGCAGCUUAACUCUGAUCUACGGAAGCUGGCUGUUAAUAUGGUCCCGUUUCCCCGCCUACAUUUUUUUAUGGUAGGGUUUGCUCCUCUAACAAGCCGUGGCUCCCGCUCCUUCCAAGCGGUGACCGUGCCAGAGCUUACCCAACAACUGUUCGAUCCGAAGAACAUGAUGGCAGGCUCUGACUUCCGAAACGGGCGGUACCUAACCUGCUCGGCUAUUUUCCGUGGAAAGGUCUCUAUGAAAGAGGUAGAAGAUCAGAUGCAGAAGGUGCAGCAAAAAAAUUCGGCCUACUUCAUCGAGUGGAUUCCCAACAACGUCCAAACCGCAGUCUGCUCCAUCCCUCCUCUUGGUCUACAGAUGUCUUCUACUUUUGUAGGCAACUCGACUGCUAUCCAAGAAAUUUUCAAGCGUGUUGGAGAACAAUUUUCUGCUAUGUUCCGUCGCAAGGCCUUUUUGCACUGGUACACUGGUGAAGGAAUGGACGAGAUGGAAUUCACUGAAGCCGAGUCAAACAUGAAUGACUUAGUGUCAGAGUAUCAACAAUACCAGGACGCUACUGCUGAAGACGACGAGGAGGCGUAUGGCGAAGAAGAAGUUUUAGACGAGGCUUAA